GAGAGGAGGAAAAAGCAACAGUAUUCAUAGGGAGUACAGUGCGAACCGACCUGUACGGUUUUGUUGCUUUAUACUGGAAAUAAAUCGCCGAGGACCAUCUAUUAUAUAUAUAAUCAUACCAUUAGAUAGAUUUGUAUUGCACACGUCCGCAAGGAUACUCAGUAAUUGGGUUAUUGUCACUGACAGAAGAGCGCGCGCAGAGGUUGCGGGUGGACAGGAGCGCUCAGCGGUGGAAGCGGCUGUGGGGCUGAUGCACGCGGCCUGUCCCUCAGCAGCGGCCCGCCAUGGCGGAGACCAAGAUCAUCUAUCACCUCGACGAGCAGGAGACUCCCUACCUCAUCAAACUACCCAUCCCCGCGGAAAGCGUCACUCUCGCCGACUUCAAAAAUGUCCUCAAUAAACCCAACUACAAAUUUUUCUUCAAAUCUAUGGACGAUGAUUUCGGGGUGGUGAAGGAAGAAAUAUCUGAUGACAAUGCCAAACUACCGUGUUUCAAUGGACGUGUCGUGUCAUGGCUGGUGUCUGCAGACGGCUCUCAUGGUUCUGACGGAGGCUCUGUAUGCGCAGAAACUCAAGCCGAGCUGCCGCCCCCUCUGGAGAGGACAGGAGGCAUCGGAGACUCCAGACCCCCUUCCUUCCAUGCGAAUGCUGCUGAGAGUCAGGAUGACCUGGGCAAUGACACAGAGCCUGAGGUGGGUCCAUCACUGCGGAGAGAUCGAGACAGAGAGAAAGAGAGAGACAGAGAGAGGCCUCGGAGAAAAGACACACAUGACCAUGGAGGCAGGUUGAAUGGUCACUCUCGGCCAGAGCACAGGCCAAAGAUUGCUGGCUAUGAGAGCUCGUCCACGCUGAUGAGCAGUGAGCUGGACACCACCAGCUUCUUUGACUCAGAGGAAGAUGACUCCACUAGCAGGUUGAGCAGCUCUAUGGAACAGAGCACAUCGUCACAUCUCAUGAGACGCCAUCGCCGCCGCAGACGGAAACCCAAAGCACCCAGGAUGGAGAGGUCGUCAUCGUUCAGCAGCAUAACUGACUCCACCAUGUCACUGAACAUCAUAACUGUCACAUUAAACAUGGAGAAGUAUAAUUUUCUGGGCAUUAGUAUAGUGGGGCAGAGUAAUGAGAGGGGUGAUGGAGGGAUCUACAUUGGCUCCAUCAUGAAGGGCGGGGCAGUGGCUGCUGAUGGACGCGUUGAACCUGGUGACAUGCUACUGCAGGUGAACGAUAUAAACUUUGAGAACAUGACUAAUGAUGAUGCUGUGAGGGUUCUGCGAGAAAUCGUCCAUAAACCCGGCCUUAUCACACUGACUGUGGCAAAAUGUUGGGAUCCAAACCCCCGUAGCUGUUUCACCCUCCCACGGAGUGAGCCAAUCCGUCCUAUAGACCCUGCUGCCUGGGUGUCUCACACUGCUGCGAUGACGGGGGCGUACCCAGUGUACGGUAUGAGCCCUUCCAUGAGCACAAUCACCUCCACCAGCUCCUCCAUCACAAGCUCCAUUCCAGAGACCGAACGGUUCGACGAAUUCCAUCUGUCCAUUCAUAGUGACAUGGCAACAGUAGCCAAAGCAAUGGCAUCGGCAGAGUCAGGACUGGAGGUGCGAGACAGAAUGUGGCUAAAGAUCACCAUCCCCAACGCCUUCAUAGGUUCAGAUGUAGUGGAUUGGCUCUAUCAUCACAUCGAGGGCUUCACUGACCGGCGGGAAGCACGUAAAUAUGCUAGCAACCUGUUAAAAGCUGGCUACAUCCGCCACACAGUCAACAAAAUCACCUUCUCCGAACAGUGCUAUUACAUCUUUGGUGAUCUCUGCGGUAAUAUGGCCAGUCUCACUUUGCAUGACCAUGACGGUUCUAGUGGGGCAUCUGAACAGGACACUCUUGCUCCGUUGCCCCACCCUGGGGCAGCUCCCUGGCCGCUAGCAUUCCCUUAUCAGUAUCCCAUACCUCAUCCAUACAAUCCCCACCCUGCGCACGAUCCCACCUACAGCUUCGCUGCAGGGGGAGGCAGUGCUGGCAGCCCGCACAGCGAAGGAAGUCGUAGCAGUGGCUCAAAUCGCAGUGGUAGCAAAAAAGACAAAAACGCAGCGGCUGGAACACAGGAGUCUGGAGGAAAAUCCGGAGGCAGUGGCAGUGAGUCAGAAAAAAGAGAGAAGACUCCCAGUGAGUGUUCUGCAACACCCCCUAGUGAACACAGUGUACACAGCUCGCAUACUAUCCGUAGCGUGCACAGUGUCUACUCUCACAGCCAGGUCUGUGGACCUCCUGGCCUCCCUCCCCAGCCACAGAUGCCCAUAACAGCAGUACCAGGUUCACCUCCUGGCCGAGACCUGUCGUCUGUGCCCCCCGAACUCACGGCCUCGCGCCAGUCUUUCCGCAUGGCCAUGGGAAACCCCAGUGAGUUCUUUGUUGAUGUCAUGUGACGUGCUUCGGGUGACCCCAAGGGAACAACAUGCUCAAGUCACUGUGAAAUGAAUAAAGAAAGAUGAGAGCAAAAAGAAUAUAAAAUGAUCUAAAAAGUUAAUGACAUUUUAGUUGGGUUUGUAAUGGAGCAUGGUGAGUGUCCCUCCUAUUGUCCCACCUGUGUCCUGUGGCUUGUACUUUCUUCAGUGAAGAAGACUGGAAGAGAUGGAAAGCUCAUGUAUCCCAUGAUGCUCUAUGAGAUUAGAGGUGACUCUAUGGGAUGCUGUGUUGAAGUCAGAGUGAAGAUUUCUGUUUUUUGUGUACUUUUUAUGUACUUUACCUGCAUUUUCAUAUUUUGUCCUCUUGACUAUUUUCUUAAACUCAAGCUAAACCCCAUUUUUCCAAAGACUAAAAUAAGAUAACAGAGCAGCACAAGGAAAAGUGAUGUUAUAUUCUUGUGACUCACCUUUUGCUUUUUAAAUGAUGAACCUAAAUAAUUUUUAAUGAUAACAAAAGACAAACACUAUCAAAAUAUAGAAUCAUAGACAGUUAUUUUAUAUUUAUGUCAUUUGUUUGAAUAUUUCUGCUAAUAAUCGUGGAGAGUGAGAGAGAGAGUCAUAGAGAGAGAGAGAUUUAAGUUUACAGACAGGGCUUUUAAGGUCUGCCUUGCCCUUUGGGUUAAAAUGAAUUAUUGCGCUUGAUGCAUGGUAUUUAAAAUAAAGACAACACGAAGUUGUAUUUGCAA